AUGUCUUGUUUCCAACAAUGUUGUGGUGAUGAGAGGACCUUUCUUGGAUACUAUAACCGGUCUAGUUCAGGGCUGUUGAAGUCACUUCAGUCAGGCGAGCAACACACUGAUGCCAUGUUAUUGACAAUUCUGCAGCUUACAGCAGUUGAGGAAUACCUUGGAAACUGGGUAAAUCUACUCAAUCAUCAUCAAGCAGCUCGACGAGUGCUCCUUGAACAUUACAGCCCUGAAACAUUGAAUCAGGACCACUUUCAUCGCCAUAUAUUUAUGUGGUAUUCUCGGUUUGAUGUGAUGGCACGCCGCUCUGGCAACGAAACAAUCUUGGGCUGUGAGUGGUACUUAACGACUGAGAAGUGUGCUGUGGAUGAAGCCGCUAUGUUCCCGGAUGAUCUGGGUAGGCAGAUUUGGGCUUUGACUGCGCGAAAUAGAAGAUAUGCGAUGGAUAUGGCUUCUCUCUAUACCAAAACACGACAAGGACUCAUUACCACGGAUGAAUUUAUAACAGAGAACCAAAAACCUGGCAUAGGUAGUAGAUCCAACGAGAGGCUGCAAUGUAAAUACAAUCAAUCAAAGCCAGAGUAG